UCUCAUACUUGUCUUUCUUUUUGAUGUGUCAGGUCUCCUAAUUAAUACCCAAAACAUUCAUUAUCAUUCGAUACGACCUAUCAAUCAACACUUUAUCUAUAUCUCCUUUUAUCAGCAUGUGGUCUCUCCCGAGCCAAGUCACAGUCUCCGGCCGAUCCUCAGCCAUUGACGAGAGGACGCCUUCGCCAGCACCGAGUCUGAUUCACGGAUCGAGUCCAACAAACAGUGAACUUGAGCAGCGGACGCCAUCGCCCAUCUUGUCUGGCUUGGUUCGGCCCGAGUUAAAAGGGAGCGAGACCGAGCUUUACGGCUGGAGUGCCCCGUUGCAUCGGCCGAGUGUAAAGCAAUCCGAUGUACUGCCUGUCCCAACGAGUUGGUCUCCAGUUGAGAGUCGGCCGAAUGAGGUCGCGACUAAUGCCUGUGACCAACGAGCAUCGGUCAGGGUGUCUAACACGGGACCCUCCGAGUUCAUCAUGAUUUCAUGCUUCAACAUCCAGAGGGCGCAAUGGUUUUACUCUCAGUGCUUCGAGUGGACUUUUUUGGGCGAUAUCAACAGGCCCGACUCGAGUGACGAGGCCUUGAUGCGGCACGGGUCGUCACCCUACGAUGCGCUGCCGAUGAACUUCUUCACGUCCGAUGCCUCAACCAACAGCCACAACGUCACCGGUGCGCUCCUCCAACGAAACGACCCACCUCCCACGCAGCACGAGGCACAAGCACGAGCGUUGCAGGGACGGGCAAUAGCCGCGACGUAUUUCCGGGUGCCCGACAUCGGCGACACGGCGGACAGGAUCGAGGCCAACCUUGGGGUGGUCAGGUCGCUUCGGUUUGGAAUUAGAGGCAUGAUGGACAUUGGCGAGUUUAUGGACCCGGAGGGCAACCUGUUUGGCCUCGUGUCAUACCACCCGGAGAACAUUGGCAUCUGAUGUUUGGGUGCUCUGCUAUGGGCGGUAUAGAACACUGCCGGGGGUAAAGGAAUACCCGGGAGAGAGGAUAUUCAUUAUGGAUCAAGGGAAAGGAUUGAUUCUCUGGUCAUGAAGGGCUGAUUGUUUAAAACGGAGCGUUGGGAGUUACGAGGAUGUUUCUUGUGGUUCACUAUGCAUUGAAAGCGUUGUGGAUUUUGACUCUUGGAUUUCUGGAUGGGAUGGCAAUCCAAUGGCUGUCUCUGGCGGUGGUUGAAAUCGGCAACGCAAUUAAUCUAAUACUAAUUGAGCAAAGG